AUGGCGACCACGGGCAUGCAGCUGGUAGGCCUCAUCAUGUCCAUCCUGGGCUGGGUGGCCGGGGCGGUGGUGAUCCUGAUCCCUCUGUGGCGAGUCACCGCCUUCAUCGGCAACAACUUGGUGACCGCUCAGAUCAUCUGGGAAGGCCUGUGGAUGAACUGCAUCGUGCAGAGCACGGGUCAGAUCCAGUGCAAGGUCUACGACAGCAUGCUGGCGCUGCCCAGCGACAUGCAGGCUGCCCGGGGCCUCACGGUGCUCUCCGUCAUGCUGUGCGCUGUGGCCCUGGCGCUGGGCGUGCUCGGGGCUAAGUGCACCAAGUGCGUGGGCAUCAACAGCCUCAAGGCGCGCAUCGCCCGUAUCUCGGGGGUGCUCUUCGCCGUCUCCGGCUUCCUCUUCCUGGUGCCCGUCUGUUGGACCGCCCACUCCAUCAUCAGGGAUUUCUACGACCCGCACGUGGCCGCCCCGCACAAGCGGGAACUUGGCCCGGGCCUCUACAUCGGCUGGGGGGCCUCGGCGUUGCUCCUGGUCGGCGGCUCGCUGCUGUACGCGGGCUCCAGUCCGCCCGGCAUGCCCGGCUCGCCCACCUUCAGCAGCGGAGAAAGCAGUCCUCGCCGGGCACCCGCAUCUCAGGUUAAAGGCUACGUCUAACAUGGCCAACUGCGACACCCCCCCACUAACUGACGAUGAGCCUGUUUCAGCCUCAUCUUGAUAUUUAAUGUUGUUAAGCAGGCUUCGAGAAAAUGGAACUCCACGCGUGAUUAAAUAAUCCUUUCUUCUACGUUUGUCAUUGUAAAAUACAAUAAAAAAAAUUUGCUCUUUACUCAUGUAAAACACGUUUUUUUCCACCCACCCGGUUUUGCAAACGGUUUGGGUUUCCCUGAGAAAUGUCCCGGUUGCUGGCCUUGGGUGAGGUGGGCUUCACCCUGGACUAGUCGAUAGCCAAUUGCGAGCCGUAGACAAACAAACACUCCCAAUCACACCUACGGACAUUUGAGAAUCUGGGGGAAGAAGUCUGAGUAGCCGCAGGGGGAAAAAAAACAUCAACAAAUAAAAACAGAAUCAGAACUCAGACCAACAAAAGUGUGUCAGUGCAACUGUCGAGCAACUGACAAAGCAGUAAAUACAUGCAUUGAAUCACAAAUCCAAAGUACACUUUGGUAAUGUGGUGGAAAAAAAAACAACAACGGGACGGUUAAGUAGCUCCCAAAUUAUUGAAUUUAACUCUCUGGGUGAACCCAAAACUUUUGAACAUUUGUUUUGCUCAUUUCUAGUGAAGAACACGCUGGCUUUGGACCAGUUUUCAGAACAAUGGAACAAUGAGCGUAUGCGCCUCCCGGUACAGAAAGUUGAAAAAUAUACUCUCUAAUUUCCAUGGCACAUUCGCCUUUCAAAAUGAAAAGCCUCGUUUUUUCCAUCACAAUAACAGCAUCUGGAAUAACACUUGAACUUGAUGAUGCGCCUCAAUAACAAUGAGUGCCAGUGAUCCGGGUGCCAGGUUGCGACUCAAACGCGACUGACGUCAGCCCCUGAACAAAGCUGAUUGAGGCUCACUGCCGAGUACAGUAAGGCAGGCCCUGUACAAUUGAGCCAUAUUUCAACUGACAAAGGCCGUGAAGGGUUUGCUCAUGAACAGACGCGAAGGCCAGAGAGCACACUCGACCUCAGCACAAUAAGUAGUGCCAAACUCAAUUGAUUAUCAUUGUGAAGUGGUAGUUUACAUUAUUUCGACAAAAUUUUAAUUCAACGGGGGCUGAGUAAUGACGAUAUAGCCUAACCCUCACGCUAAACCCUUCGUUAGCAGGACUGAACGAAUCCUAUCCUGCAAUGCAGUCGGAAGAACCUGAACGUGGGCCUUUCCGAUGGCGAUCUUAAAUUCCGCCCCCCUUAGCCACGUCCCACAAGCUUCCAAAACGGCGACUGAACAGAACAGGUUUGAAGUUGAUUUUCUAUCGCGUAUUCCAGAUAAUAUUGCCGUAUGUUUUUUUGCCAAAUUCGUCAGAGUUGUCCAAGAGAGUUCAACGGAGAGGUCUCAACUAUUUCACGCAAGGAUAUGUACACGGAAUUAAGAUUUUGGACGGAGCGGGACGCAAUAUCAGAGUUACAGCGAAAUGUCGCCGAUUGAUGCAAGAAAGUUUGACGCCUCACAAACUUCAUAUUGAAAUCCAACAGGAUAAAAUAGUGGAAUCGUACUGCGAGUCUAAAGCAAGGUGAGUACUUUAUACUUGGAAAGAUCACGAGUAAUGUCACUGUAGUCUUUACAAGUGGGUUAGUUUUGAUUUUCUACAUGUAAACAAUGGUGAUUAACUUAGUCAGUACGGUAGUCACCAGAUGAAAAAAUUUGACUUGACUCGGAAUCAAACCCAGUGCUCUGUCUUAAAAGUCUGAUGUGAGCCAAAUGGGCAAAUCGACAUUUCUCUUGCAUGACGCGGCGCAUUUACGUAUGCCUAACCCGACUUUUCGGCAUAAAACAUGGCACACUUCAUUCAGCAGGUCAGCGAUACGCUAGCAAAGUGAAAGUUGUUCUCCUGCAGUGCAUUAAGCACUGAUAAUAAUUCAAUCAAACUCAGAUAAGAUACGUCUCCCUCACUUACCUUCAAACAUACAGCCUUGUGUUUGUCGAUAUUGUCCAAAUUUAGUUGUACGUGCGCUCUUCCGCGAGCCUUGAUCACUUGGUCAACUGUGUUUUAGGCUUUUGGAAAAUGAAUCGAGCGGGCCCCUCGUAAGCUAGCAGAAUCGCACGUUCCCCAAACGCAUCUGAGGACCAUUUUCUUCGUAGCAUGAACUUUUCCAAGCGCACGCAACUGACAACCAGCAUUGGUUGCUUGUGGGACAACAUGGCGGCAGGGGCGUGUCAAGCCAGGGGUUAAGACAAUGCGGCUAUAUGAUUGGGUAUUAUUGUACGAGUGAUUGACAGGUCGGAAAGGUCCAUUUGAUUUAAUUUACAAAUUCAUUUUAUGGAGGGCAGGGGGGGGCUAAAAAAGGGGUGUAUGGUUAACUUAUACAGAUAUAAACUAGUUUAUAUGCAUCCCAUUAAGGCUACAGAUCC